CUUCUCCAACCCCGGAAGAAAAUUAAAAACAGUUUGCGAUCACAUGGAGCAAUGGAGCGACAGAUUAGCAUGUGAAAGGCAUGGUGACGGUUACACUCACCCGGAUACCCACAGUGCUGCCCUGUAAAGGUUUUUGGACUGUUAUGACUGAUGGGUGUGAACAAGGACGUUUCCUAUUUUUCUGACCGUGUGUGUGAAGAAGCACACAAUCUUCUCAAACUGCAGCCAGGAGACAAUCAAGAUGGACCCGUCCGACCAGAAGUUCUUCACGGUUAUAGACUAUGUGAUAUUUGCCGUCUUACUCGCUGCCUCUAUGGGCAUCGGGCUGUACUACGCGCUGUCUGGUGGGCGUCAGCGCACGACUCAAGAGUUCUUAAUGGCAGACAGAAGCAUGGGCUGCCUCCCCGUUUCCCUCUCGCUCAUUGCCUCGUUCCAGUCGGCCGUGGCUAUCAUUGGCGUACCAGCAGAGAUCUACACGCACGGCACGCAGUACUGGUUCAUCGGCUGCGCCUACAUCCUGGGCCUCUUCAUUCCAGCUCACAUUUUCAUUCCAGUGUUUUACAGACUGCGCGUCUCAAGCGCUUACCAGUAUCUUGAGCUGCGCUUCAGCAAAGCAGUACGCAUAUGUGGAACUUUCACCUUCAUCUUUCAAAUGGUUAUCUAUAUGGGAGUUUGUGUGUAUACUCCUGCCUUUGCACUAAAUGCAGUCACUGGGUUUGAACUAUGGGGAACAGUGCUGGCCACUGGACUAGUAUGCACAUUGUACACAACACUGGGUGGUUUGAAGGCCGUCAUCUGGACAGACGUCUUUCAGACUGUUGUGAUGUUUGCAGGGCAGCUGGCUGUCAUUGUGGUGGGAGUGCAGAAGACUGGAGGAGUGGCUGAUGUUUGGAGGAAAGUCUGGGAGGGAAACCGCAUCUCUGGUCUCGAUCUAAACCCAGAUCCGACAGAGAGACACACCUUCUGGACUCUUGGGGUCGGUGGGGUCUUCCUCAUGCUGUCCCUGUAUGGUGUGAACCAGGCUCAGGUCCAAAGAUACCUCAGCUCACGCACAGAGAAAGAGGCUGUCAGGUCUUGCUACAUGGUUUUUCCCUCCCUGCAGCUGGCUCUGGCUCUAAGUUGUGUGAUGGGGCUGGUCAUGUUUGCACGUUACUGUGGAGAGGACCACUCUGACAAGCUGGCCAGUUCUUCACGGGAUGCAAUGGUGAUAUAUUUUGUGAUGGAUAUGCUGCACGGUCUGCCUGGGCUGCCUGGACUCUUCAUUGCUUGUUUAUUCAGUGCAGCCCUCAGCACCAUAUCGUCGGCCUUCAACUCAUUAGCUACUGUAACAAUGGAAGACCUCAUCAAACCGCAAUAUCCUGCCAUGACUGAGGCGAGAGCAACCCUGCUGUCCAAAGUUUUAGCUAUGUCCUAUGGACUGCUCUGCCUGGCCAUGGCAUAUCUCACUCACCUCAUGGGUGAUUCGGUUUUACAGGUGGCUUUGAAAAUCUUCGGCAUGGUUGGUGGUCCUAUUCUUGGUCUGUUUUGUCUCGGGAUGUUCUUCCCGUGGGCCAACUCCAUCGGAGCUCUGGUAGGUCUGUGUGCAGGACUGGUUGUGGCUUUCUGGCUCGGCAUUGGAAGCAUCCUCACUCGUAGCACAAGACCACUACCACUCGAAUGCGGCGCCAAUGCGACUAUUGCUAUUCAGACAGCGUUCAACAAUACCACUCUGAGCCAACCCUCUGGACUCAAGAGAUUUUACUCCCUGUCCUACAUGUGGUACAGUGGCUUUAACUGCACUACGGUCGUUUUAAUAGGCCUGAUUGUCAGCUUUCUCACAGGUAGGCCCAACAAAGGAAGAAGAUGUGAAGCCAGGAACACUCUAUCCCCUGUUAGGAAAACUUUUUUGUUUUCUACCUGAACACCUGAAGAAGAAGCUCUGCUGUGUGACUCCACUGGGACAAACGCUUGCAGCACCG